UGCCCUUUUUGAGCUGUGAAAUUCUGUGGAUUAACUACCACAGAGAAUAAUGGCAGAGGGUGUGAUUCUUUUAGCCGUGACGAAGAUUGGCAUUGCUUUGGGAAAUGAAGUGAUAAAUAAAGCUGGUCCGCUGUUCAGAAACGUCAAAGCACAGGUAGCAGAACUCCAAGGUGGAAUGAGCCGUAUAAGUUGCGAGCUUAGGCUGAUGCAUGAGUUUCUUUGUACAAUGGAUGUACGCAAUCGGAAGGACCAGGCAUAUGGAGUUUGGAUGGAGGAAGUGCGGAAAGUAGCACACCGGAUUGAGGACAUAGUAGAUGAGUAUCUACACCUGGUAGGGAAGAGACAUGAAAUUGGAUGGAGGUUUUAUCUCAUGAAAGGAUUCAAGCAACCAGAAGAUUUGCUUUCUCUAACCCAGAUAGUCUCCCAGAUAAAGGAAGCAGAGACCAGUCUUGUGCACCUAUUCAAAGCAAGAGAACGAUGGGUUCCAAUGGCAAACAACGGCCCUGCUGAUAACUCUGCCUAUAUUGUUGAGAGGUCCCAACAUCUUGCAAGCACUUCUCGUUCUAUCAGUGAAGAUCUUGUGGGGGUGGAGGAAAACAGAAAGAAACUACAGAAGUGGCUAGGGGAUCAUGUGAAGGAACGCUCUAUAGUAGUAGUGUAUGGCAUGGGAGGCCUUGGCAAAACUGCUCUAGCUGCAAAUGUGUAUAAUGAGAAGAGAGAAAAGUAUGACUGCCAUGCAUGGGUGUCUGUCUCACAAACAUAUUCUCCAAUAGACCUCUUGAGGAAACUAUUUAAGGAACUUCACCGUGAUGGGGAAACUGCUCCUUCCGAGAUCACUACAAUGGACUUGAUCAAUAUAAAAGGUAAACUCAGCAAGUUUCUAGAGCAGAAGAGAUACCUGAUUGUGCUGGACGAUGUCUGGAAACAAGAAGCAUUCAGUGAUUUGUUAGGAGAACUUGCCCCAAAUACUAAAGGAAGCAGAAUAGUCAUUACGACGCGCAAUGACGAUAUAGCUCGGCUGGCGUCCAAAGGACGUGCACUAAAAAGUGAAUGCUUGCCAGAUGACAAGGCAUGGUUACUCUUCCGUAGGAAAGCUUUUCGGAGGGAGGAAGAUUAUGAAUGCCCUACAGAGCUGAAGGGCUACUCAGAGCAGAUAGUGGCCAAGUGUAAAGGCUUGCCUCUUGCUAUUGUGUCGGUUGGAAGUCUCUUGUUUGUGCGUGAAAAGAAUCCAACAGAAUGGAAACGAAUCCACGACCAACUAGGUUGGGAGCUGGCGCAUAACCCAGGGCUUGAUGAUGUGAGGAAUACUUUGUAUUUGAGCUUCAUAUACCUUCCUUCAAACCUGAAGAGUUGUUUUCUAUACUGUUCCUUGUUCCCGGAGGACUACAUUCUUCACAGGAAGAUACUCAUCAGACUAUGGAUUGCAGAGGGGUUCGUUGAGGAAAGGGGUCAUAGUACAUUGGAAGAAGUGGCAGAAGGCUAUUUGAAUGAUCUUGUCCACAGAAAUAUGCUGCAGCCUGUGGAACACAACUCAUCUAACAGAAUAAGGUCUUGCAAAAUGCAUGACAUUGUUCGUGAGUUGGCAAUUGAUUUAUCCCAGAAAGAAAGUUUUGGUCUUGCAUAUGAGUAUGGGAAUCAUGGAAUUCUGGACACAAACACUCGUCGCUUGGUUGUAUCUAAAUGCAGCAAUGAUAUUUUGCCAGAUUUACAACUACCUCGUCUUAGAUCUUGCAUCAUAUUUGAUAAGGCCAUGCCAUCAUCCAGAAUACUUGAUUCUGGAGCAGCUAAGUCUAAGUACAUCGUAGUCCUAGAACUACGUGGCUUGUCCAUUGAGAAAGUGCCGAGUGCUGUUGGAGAUCUUUUUAAUCUGCGCUAUUUAGGAUUGCGUGAUUCAAAGGUGAAGUUCCUCCCAAAGUCUAUCGAGAAGCUCUCCAACUUGUUGACAUUGGAUAUUUUCAACGAUAUGAUACAAGAAUUGCCACAGGGCAUUGUCAAGCUGAAGAACUUAAGGCACUUACUUGCUGAGAAAAUUGUAGAUCCAUCGCAUCGAGAUUUUAUAUGUCGCAAUGGUAUGCGCAUCCAGAAGGAUUUAUCAAAAUUGACAAAUUUGCAGACGCUGAAUACAAUUGAAGCACGAGAAGAUUCUAUUAAAGAGCUGGGGGGGCUGAAGCAACUAAGGAGCUUGAGGAUAAGUAACCUGAAGGAAACCCACUGUGCGCUUUUUUGCAAGUCCCUCUUGAAGUUGCAACUCUUGAAUCAAUUACAUAUUACCAUGAAUAACAAGUAUGAAAUUCUUCGGUUGAAUGAGCUGAAAACCCCACCCCUCAACCUUCAGAAACUCAUUCUAAGAGGAAGAUUGGCAGAAGGGACAUUUCAGUCUCCUCUUUUCAAGAAAGGAGGGAAGAAGCUAUGUGGACUAUACCUUGUUUGGUCGUGUAUGCCAGAAGAUCCCCUUCCAUCCAUCUCGGGAUUGGAUAAUCUGACAGAGCUGCAUCUUACAAGAGCAUUCGUCGGGAAAAAAUUAAUAUUCAAGAAGGGAUGGUUCCCCAAAUUGAAGAAUCUUAAACUGCGGGACUUGCCUUCUCUAAAUAAGCUAAAGAUAAAUGAAGGUGCCAUGGAAAACCUCCAAAUGUUGCAGCUAGUGAACCUGAAAAAAUUGAAGGAUGUUCCAGCUGGCCUUGAGUUUCUUGCAUCCCUCCAACAUGUAAGUUUUCUGCAUAUAACUGAAGAGUUCCUUGUGUUGCUGCAAGAAUGUUCUAGGAUUCAGCAUAUUUGUUGGUGGUAUUCUACAAAAGAUCAGGUUCUACAAGGAAAUGAUUUAUAUGAUCUCAAGCAGAACAACAUUUCUCAGGAGUUCCAUUCAUGGAGCCAAUUUCCCUUCAAUGCUAUAGCCAAGUAUUGUACCAUUCAGUGAACAAGCAGAACAAUAUUCUUCAAUUUGAGCCCUCUAAACCAGAAGAGAGGUAGUACCACUCAUGGAGCGAAUUUCCCUAAAAUGUUACAGCCAAGUAUUGUACCAUUCAAUGAACAACUUGUGCUGAAUUUAUUAUUAUUUAUUGUGUGUUUUUAGUUUGGUGAAAAUAUUAUAAAUUCAGGCCUACCGCGCACUCGUUGCGGGCUUUGCAUUAUAUUUCAGUGAUAUUCGAUUGUAUGGAACAUGAAUAUUUGGUGUAAUAAUAUGAGAGCUAAAACUCAAA